UUUUUAUUUCCUAAUAGUCAAGUCACUUUGCUUUCUCUUUCACUCUCUCUCUCUCUCUCGUUCUCUCUCUGUCUGUGACUGAUUACUUCAUUAUUUGGUUUUGAGUCUGAGAUUCUCUCUAGAGGGGGGUCUUUUGCGGAGUCUGCUAGUGCUUCCAUGGCAUCGCUCCAUCUUCUUCUUGCCUUCCUUUUAGUAGCUGCUUCUACUGUUAGAGCUGACCAAGAUGCUUUCAUUGGGGUUAAUAUUGGAACUGACUUAUCGGACAUGCCCCACCCAACACAAGUAGUGGCCCUCCUCAAAGCCCAGAACAUUAGGCACAUCCGCCUUUAUGAUGCAGAUCGUGGCAUGCUCGUUGCCCUGGCGAACACGGGCAUUCAGGUCAUCGUCUCGGUCCCCAACGAACAGCUUCUAGGAAUAGGACAGUCUAACUCCACUGCAGCUAAAUGGGUCUCCAACAACGUUGUUGCUCAUUACCCGGCCACCAACAUCACCGGAAUUGCUGUUGGCUCCGAGGUCCUGACCGCUCUCCCCAAUGCAGCGCCAGUUCUUGUGAAUGCCCUCAGGUUCAUUCACUCGGCCCUCGUGGCAUCGAACCUUGACCGCCAGAUCAAAGUCUCUACCCCUCUCUCUUCCUCAAUAAUCCUGGACUCCUUUCCCCCUUCUCAGGCUUUCUUUAACAGCUCGCUCAACUCGGUUCUGGUCCCAAUGCUUAGUUUCUUGCAGUCAACCGGCUCAUACCUAAUGCUCAACGUGUAUCCUUACUAUGAUUACAUGCAAUCUAAUGGUGUAAUCCCGUUAGAUUAUGCACUCUUCAAGCCUCUUCUUCCAACGAAAGAAGCAGUCGAUGCCAACACCCUUCUCCACUACACCAAUGUAUUUGAUGCCACGGUUGAUGCAGCAUACUUUGCGAUGGCUUUUCUAAACUUCACCAACAUUCCAGUAGUAGUGACCGAGUCCGGGUGGCCUUCAAAAGGAGACUCUAAUGAGCGUGAUGCUACUGUGGACAACGCGAAUACGUACAACAGCAAUUUGAUCAGGCAUGUGCUCAAUAAGACUGGGACCCCCAAGCACCCCGGGAUUGCAGUGAGUACCUACAUCUAUGAGCUGUACAACGAGGACACCAAACCUGGGCCACUCUCAGAGAAGAACUGGGGGCUGUUUGAUGCGAAUGGGAACCCUGUUUACAUUCUACACUUGACAGGGUCAGGGUUGGUGCUGGCAAAUGAUACUACAAACCAAACAUACUGCGCUGCGAAGGAAGGGGCAGACCAGAAGAUGCUGCAGGCUGCUUUGGACUGGGCCUGUGGGGCUGGUAAGGUGGAUUGCUCGCCAUUGAUGCAGGGAGGACCGUGCUAUGAACCUGACACUGUGAUGGCGCAUGCGACAUACGCCUUCGAUACUUAUUAUCAUCAGAUGGGGAAGGCUCCGGGAACCUGCGAUUUCAAUGGGGUGGCUGCAAUUACCACUUCGAAUCCAAGUCAUGGUUCUUGCAUUUUUUCAGGAAGUUUCGGAAGGAAUGGAACGUCAGUUAAUGUCACAGCGCCGUCUAUGAAUUCAACGAGCUCAGGAUCACCUCUGGGGCUUUGGCGUGGUGGUGUUUCGACAAGUAUUCUGUUGUUGAUCAAGUCUUUGGCCUUGAGUGCACUGUUCUUGUAGUCUCCUACGGCGUGAAACUGAAGGAUACGUUAGCAACUUCACGGAAAUAUUCUUCUCUUUUCGUCUUUUCGGAAUUGUGAAUUGCAUUCAAGAGUAAGCAUUUCCCCUUCCCACGGAGGAAGUCUGUAGGUAGCUGGCAGGCGGACAGUUUUAGGGGGGAAUGGACAUUGGACAUUGGACAUUGGACAUUGGACAUUGGACAUUGGACAUUGGUCAGGUCAAAUUUUGUAAUUAAAGGGGGGGAAAAGAAAAAAAAAAAAAAGAACAAAGUGAAACGCAAAUCAGAUGAGAUUGAGUUUGUUGUUCUUUCGAGUCC